AUGGAGCGGCCGGGGAGCAACGGGAGCUGCCCGGACUGCCGGCUGGAGGGGGGCCCGGCGGCGGGAGCCGCCACCGGCCUAGCGGCCGUGCUUAUCUUCACCAUCGUGGUGGACGUGCUGGGCAACUCGCUGGUCAUCCUGUCUGUGCUGCGGAACAAGAAGCUCCGCAACGCCGGCAACAUCUUUGUUGUCAGCUUGUCCGUUGCAGACCUCGUGGUUGCAGUUUAUCCGUACCCUCUGAUCUUAAGUGCCAUCUUCCACAAUGGAUGGACCAUGGGAAACGUCCACUGCCAGAUAAGUGGGUUCCUGAUGGGCUUGAGUGUCAUCGGGUCCAUUUUCAACAUCACGGCGAUCGCGAUCAACCGCUACUGCUACAUCUGCCACAGCCUUCGGUACGACAAGCUCUUCAACCUGAAGAACACCUGCUGCUAUCUCUGCCUCACCUGGACACUCACGGUGGUGGCAAUUGUGCCAAACUUCUUCGUUGGCUCCUUGCAGUAUGACCCCCGGAUUUACUCCUGCACCUUUGCCCAGACGGUGAGCACGUCGUACACCAUCACGGUGGUGGUGGUUCACUUCAUCGUCCCGCUCUCCGUCGUGACGUUCUGCUACCUACGGAUCUGGAUUUUGGUGAUUCAAGUCAAGCACCGGGUGAGACAAGACUGCAAGCAGAAACUCAGGGCAGCUGACAUCCGAAACUUCUUGACUAUGUUUGUGGUUUUUGUCCUUUUUGCUGUGUGCUGGGGACCAUUAAACUUUAUUGGCCUUGCUGUUUCAAUUAAUCCUUCAAAAGUGCAGCCACACAUUCCAGAAUGGCUUUUUGUCCUGAGCUAUUUUAUGGCCUAUUUUAACAGCUGCCUCAAUGCUGUGAUCUAUGGGCUUCUUAACCAGAAUUUUCGGAAGGAAUACAAAAGGAUAUUGCUGACACUGUGGACUCCCAGGCUGCUGUUCAUUGAUGUGUCCAAGGGCGGGACAGAAGGGAUGAAAAGCAAGCAUUCUCCAGCCGUAACAACCAACAACAACCACGCUGAAAUACACCUAUGAGUCAGGACAGUACUAUUUAUUCUGGAUUACAGUUGUAUAUAUAAUAUAUAGAAGCCUUUCUAGCUGUGUGCAUUGCACAGCUGGUGUUGCUUCAUGCAAGGAAGGAGUCUGCAACCUUUCAUGCUUAGCUUAUCGCUGUGACAUCAAGGCUUUGAAUAAGGAUUUUCAGAACGGAAAUGACUGAUUUUUUUUUCUUUUUUUUAUAUGUCAUCUUUCACUGUGUGCCUAAUUAAUUGGUUUGGUUGCUUUUGCCACAAGCGUGCCAAUACCCGAAAAGGGAAGCGUUCAGAGUGCAUGGAGAAAUUGCAGUUAUGCUUGAAAUGCAAUCUUCAAGAGACAGCAAAAUUGCCAUUUAUUACACACAAACCUUUCUCCCCUCCCUCUGAAUUCUAUUUUUCUAGCAUUAACUUAACCUGAACUGUAUCAAAGUGUAAACUGCAUGGCUUUUUACUUUAUAGAUAAGUAACCGUAUUAGCCAGCAGGUGUAUGUAUGGGCAAGGUGUGUGUUUUCCUUUUUCUUUUCUCUUAAGGUUUAGGAGCUAGCCUGGGCUAGAUGUGAGGCAGGCAGAAGCCAGACCAGUGUGUGUCUGAUGCACUCCUUUUAAUUGAGUAUCUACAGACAUUAAGUACCCUUGCACUCUCCUUCCCAGGCCAUGAGUAAGUAUAUGACAUAUGACAUAAUCUAAUUGCAGUAAGAUACUUGGAGCCUGAUUCUAAUUUAGGCAGUAUCCUAUCAUGGCCAGCAGUCAUUCCAAACAUCUUUCAAAAGUCACUGCUACAUGAACAUCACAAUAAAAAAGAUGAACAUAGCAGAGUCCCAUCUGCGUAACACAGAUUGCGACUUUCAAGUUCCAGUAACAUUUACACUUGCAGACAAAAGCAGAAGGGGAAGGCAGUGUUUUUACAAAAAUCCCUCUUUUUGCCCAUCACAGAACUUGAAUUUGCUGAUGGGAGAAAAAGUUAAGAUAUUUUCCCCAUUUUAUUCACGUACAGAAUUGUAAUUAACUCCCAGAGUGGGGAGACAAAAGCUGCUUAAGCAUAAUUAUGCAUCAGUUCUGUUUAAGCCUGGACUGUGCUAUCUGUAUCAUUGGAAACAAUGUCAUGAAGUUCUGGGGAGGCUAGUAUCAUAUUAGACAUAAGCACAUGGGCAGAGAUAAGGCUGUUUCUUUAAUGGAGUAUGAAAGGGGUGUGUGUGUGUGUGUGAUGGCAGCUGUCUGUAGAUAGGACUUCUUUGUUUCCUUAGCUUCAUUGUGAAUUCAUCUCUUUAUGGCUUUAAACGUGGAUCCUGCUUUGAAACAAUCCCAUAAAAUGAACAGGUAAGACACCCCUGGUGCAACUCUGCCUUCUGGUUAGCACCCCUGCCAGUGUGCUGAGGGGCACAGCAGCGAGAGGGGUGGGUCUGAGCCCUGGGGGUCUAAUGAGGACAGCAGGCAGCCCUGCCCCUGGUCAAGGACUGCAGUCUUCUCUCUUUGGUGCUAGUCAAGGUAGGACUAGUUCCCAGCACUGAGCCCUGAAAGACCAAGACCAGACUUCGUAGGUGCCUGGAGAUGGAGUUAUGUAGGGUUUCCCCAAAGCCUGAGCAGGCACUGUGCCUAAUCCUUAGUGAAAAUAAUAAGUCAUUUGUGCACUGCUUUCUGAAACCGACUUGCUGCUGAAAGUCCCUUCUGCUGAUUCUUUUGGGGAAGAGGAAUUGAGAAAAAUAAAGGCUUUUUCUGAAGUGGGCCAAGGAACUUUGCAUGCUGCAUUGCCUCCAUGAGGACUGAGUGUCGCUGCUGCUCUGCUGCCAUGUGGUGAAGGUCACUGCAGUAACAGGGGGCCCUGCAUUUAUAGGGUGCCCUGGCACUUAGGAAGUUUCAAACUUGAACAUCUCAGCCACUUCAGAUGAAUGUUGUUUUAAAAUGCACUGCAGCCAGCCUCCCAUAAUAGGAAUCAAACUGAGUUCUGUUUUGGCCUCUUAAUCUGUCUCAGCAUGGCCAAAUAAAGGUAUUUUGACCCUCAGAAAUAACUGUUGUCUGUUCGCCUUCCAGAAAAACCACCCUGGAUGAAUUCACACCAUUCCAUGCAAGCAAAAUCAUUUUGAGUUAAACUUGGAUAAGAAAAGCACUGAGGGCACAUAACUGCAGGGAGUGUUUGUCCCAUCACGCCUGGGAGAUGUCCCGUGUUCCAUGACUAGUCUUCAAAGUCAUUUGCAAUUAGCCACAACAGUGUUAGUUAGAAUCACAUUAGCAAAUAAUUUGAAGCAUCUAGUGCCAAGUGAAAUAUACUGCUUUAAGACAAUUGUGAAGAAUCUUGUGCAGGUUUGCCAAGUAUCUCAAAUAUCCCAAAGCUGGGGUUUCAUCUUUCGGAAUCUUGUCUUUUUAACUGAAUGUUCAGUGGAGGUAAUGUGGGGUUUUUUUAAUUAUUAUUUUAUUCUUUACGCUUGUAUUUGCACUAUUUCUUAUUCAGGCUCCAAAAUUAACAGCCAGCAAGUAUUUGAACCAAACCAAAUCCAAAGAGGUCCUGAAUAGGCAAGCUGUGAGAGUUCCUUCUCCACCUGGCAGGAAUGGGGGCAGCAAGAGCAUGACAGGGCAUCUCCCCAGGACUCACUGAGUCACCACUCAAACCAAACUAUGCAAAAUGAUCUGCUCCUCUUCUGCCACAGGCUCUGAGCCCAGCUGCUGCCCACAUCUCUGCAGGGGACAGGCUAAGUACCUGCUGUGCUGGGGUGGGUCUGAGCAGCUGCCUGCAGUGCAGACCCUGCAGGCUGGCAGUGGCUCUGGCGGCACAGCCCUGGCACGACCUGUUCAGAAGGCUCUGGGUGUCCCAGAGAGGUGCCCAGGGCUGGGCUGAUUCAGCCACCAUGGUUGGAGGCUUGAGCUCAGUCCUGCUAGAGCUGAGGUUUGCAAUAUGAACCAUGGGAAGCAGGGAAUGUAGCCUCAAACAGGAAACACUGUGCCAUUUGUUAGCACUUUGAGAGAGGCAGCGCUUAGGAUAGGAUGGAGUUUUAUAUUGACUUAUUUUAAAACUACCCAAGCAGCUCCUUAUUUUUAUGUUAUGAAAUGGUUAACAGGGUACAGAGAGUUUAUUUUUGUUAGCAUUUGUUUACAGAAAAAGAGAAGCGUGUUUUAGCUGAGAAUUCUGAGCAGUGUCACAGUUUCCCUAUGGGAAUCUAGCUUUAGUCCAAAUUUGAGAUUUCAGUGAGAUCCUACAAUUUUAAUCUCAUUCUGCCAGUUCCACCUGUUGCAUAUCUGGCCUUAAGUCUCAUUGAGAUCUCAUAGGAACUAGUUUCAAAUCACUUGCUCUGGGUUUGAUAUGGUGUGUCAAAUACCUAUUCUAGUCCCAAGCUCUAAAAUUGUUAUAGUGGAAACUUAUGGAGAGGCAGUAUUUCUGUGAAGAAAGAUGAAUCUCUUGCCACAAAGAAGUAUUUUUGGAUGUUGCUAAUGAAUGUUGUUUCAUCAAUUUAAGAAGAAUGUAAUCAAUAUAUUUAUAUAUAAAUGUGCAUUGCAUAUGCUGUUUCCAUUUUAAUGUUUAAUUGAGAAUCCUCAGUAUACUUUCCUAUUGCUGUUUUUGUUCAUAAAAUAGAUUAAUUCCCUCUACCUGUUAAAAAAUGUAAUAAAUCUGCCAUUGGACUAUUUACUGAUUUUUUUUUCUCCACUAGCAGUUACUUUUUAAUAAAUAUUUGGAACAUCAGCUUGAAUUUUGUUGACUCCCAGAAAGCAGAUUGAAUUGACAAACGUGUUUGAGUUCACACGUCUCAGCAGCCCAGCUUGGACCUGGAGCUGAAUGACCCAGGCCAUCUGAGACAUCUCCUUGGAUCCACAUGUUUUCUUCCACUUGCCUGUGAGUCAGCUGCCUGAUGCCCUCUGGCCUUCCUCAUGAGGGAAGAAACUUUCUCCACACAGCCACUGGUCUUCUCACUGUGUGCCCCUUCAGUGUCCUUUGCCUUUCUUGUC